GGCCUUUGUGCGGCGCCGAGCAUGCGGAGCCCGUGCUAGGCUGGGGAGCGCCCGCGUGGUACCGGCGGAGCGCGGCUCAACACGCGGUUGCUUGCGGUCGCUGCCCGUGACGCUGUAGUGAAAAAGCGCGGAGUAGCACGGGCGCUUCGGAAUCGAAAAGAACUGGCGGCUGGGGGAAGGGUGAGCCGAGCAUUGUGUGUUUCGUUUGCAGGCGGUUGCUGUAUAUGCAUCAACCUCAGCUUUUUGAUGAGCAGGCAUGGCUGUCACGCUGCACACUGAUGUAGGAGACAUUAAAAUUGAACUGUUCUGUGAGCGAACGCCAAAAACAUGUGAAAAUUUCCUGGCUCUUUGUGCUAGUAACUACUACAACGGCUGUGUGUUUCACCGGAAUAUAAAGGGCUUCAUGGUUCAGACAGGGGAUCCAUUAGGCACUGGGAAAGGAGGAACCAGCAUCUGGGGCAAGAAGUUUGAAGAUGAAUUCAGUGAAUACCUAAAGCACAGUGUCCGUGGGGUGGUUUCAAUGGCAAACAAUGGUCCAAAUACCAAUGGGUCGCAGUUCUUCAUCACUUAUGGCAAGCAACCACACCUGGAUAUGAAGUACACUGUUUUUGGGAAAGUGAUUGAUGGCUUGGAGACCUUGGAUGAGCUGGAGAAGCUGCCUGUGAAUGAGAAAACCUAUCGACCUCUGAAUGAUGUUCGCAUCAAAGAUAUCACCAUUCAUGCCAACCCUUUUGCUCUGUAGCCACCAAGUUGUGACACAUUCUUUAGAGGCUGGUCAGACCAACUGCUGGAUGGGGUGUUUGGUGUGCCAUCAGACGGGGUUACGGAGCUGGGCUGUACCUUGGUGUGCUGAGCGCGGGGCUCUGGGAGCUGUGAUGUUGUUUAUGAAUUGUCAUAGGGGAGCCUUGGGUUCCUCAAGCCUGUGUUUCCAGGGUGUGCGUUGACUUUUAUUGACUUGAUUUUGAUUUUCAAGUGUUGCCUACUUGUAAAAUAAGACUUUCAAAUACAUAUAUAUAUAU